AUGCAGAAGGACAAUUUUAUUAGUAGGAAAAUUUGUAGAAAGUCUGGAUUUUUAAAGCAUUCUAAGAAUGAUUUUGAAUUAUUACAGCUUGAGUCAAUUUUCCCCGAUGCGGAUCCAUUAUAUUUAGCUGAAUGUCUUGCUUAUUAUGAGGAAGAUGCUGUUCAAAGAUCAACGUUAAAAAUUAUAUUUCAUUGUUAUGAGCAGUAUCCUAAGAAAGAUCCAUGGAUGUAUACACGUGAAGAUGAAAAGAAGAAUGCGAAAUUAGAUAUUCUAAAUCAAAUGUUUCCAAAUAUUGAUACAGAGUUUCUUAGAAAUGAAAUAAUUCGAAAGGAUGACACAUAUUUCUUGAAAUGUAUUGAAUCUUUAUUAAAUAUAGAUAUUGAAUCAAAUGGCGCAUCACGUUUAGUAAUUGGGAAGAUUGAGCCUUGGCAAAGAUUCCGUUCGAAUGAAUAUAUUUCUUCUGUUAAGUCUCAGCUUAUUUCUGAAUUUCCUGAUAUACCUUCUUCUACCAUUAAGGCUGUAAUGGCAGAAAAUAAUAAUGAUUAUUAUAGGAGUAAAACUAGUUUAUCUAGAAUACAAAGUGAGAGUUUCUGGAAACCAUUGAAUUUUUUUGUAAAGAAAAUAUCUUCAAAAGGGAAUCAUGUUAUUUGUGACGAAUUAGCUCGAGAAAUUUUUGAUUUAGAAAAAAAUCAAAGAGAUGAGUUAAUAAAAAAAGAUUUUGAGUUUGCGGUACAGCUGAAUUGGAAAGAAAAUUUUGAGUUAGGGAUUUUAAUAGAAUGUGGUUGUUGUUUUUCUGAGUAUGCAUGGGAGACAUUAGCGUAUUGUUCUGAAGGACAUAUUGUUUGUAGAAAAUGUCUUGAAAGAACUGUUCAAGAAGGUAUUUAUGGUCAAGGAAAUCUUAGAGAGAAAUCUCAAAUAAGAUGUAUUUCUUCACAGCCUGAAACAUUAUGUACUGGAUUUUAUUCUAAAGAAAUUUUGGAGAUUUCUUUGUCUGCUGAUUUACUUAAAGCUUAUGAAGAUUCUAUGGCACGUAAAUCUAUUCGUGAUUCUUUUGAUGGGAGUUUUAUUGCAUGUCCAUUUUGUGGAUAUGUUGAAUUUAUUGAAGGUUGGAAAAUUAAAUCUUGUUGGAAAAAAAUUAUUUCGAUAUCUAUAAUGGGGUUGUUUAUAAUGUUGUUGAUACUUUUUUCAUCUUUUAUAAGUAUUUCUAGUUUUAUAAUUGGUACUUUGGUUUAUUUGGGUGGGUUUUUUUAUAUUUUUAAUAAUUCAUCGAUAUUUUUAAGGAAAUGGAUUGAUAAAGUUGCAUAUCGUAUAUUAUGUAAAAAAAGCGGUUGUUUAUUCAAAUGUAAAAAUGUUGAUUAUUGUGGAAAAUAUAGUUGUUAUCAAUGUGAAAAAGAAUGGUUGCCUUUACAUAAAUGUUUUGAGAAAGAAUUGGAUGGUCUUCGUCUUUAUGUUGAAAAGGAAAUGGCUAAUGCUGUAAAAAGGACGUGUCCUGAUUGUAAUUUAAGUUUUGUUAAAUCAGAUGGAUGUAAUAAGCUCGUUUGUCAAUGUGGGUAUGUAAUAUGUUAUAUUUGUAGGAAAAAUAUUAAGAAGGAGUCUUAUGCGCAUUUUUGUGAUCAUUUCCGUCCUGUUCCUGGAAAAAAAUGUACUGAAUGUACAAAGUGUGAUUUGUAUAAAGUCGAUGACGAUAUUGCAGGUGUUGCUAAAAGGGCUACUAAAGAAUAUUUGUCGUUAUGCGAAAAAUCAGCAAAUUGUUUGGAUUUGAAAUAUGCUUCAAGACAAUUGAAAGAAACUUCAUUAUUUGAGAGAAUUUUCGAUGUAUUUGAAAGUAUAUUUGAGUUAUUUUUAGAACAUAUAUUAGUUAGUAAUUAA